CGGCGCGGCCCCGCGGGAGGAAGUGACGGGCUGGGUUGUUGGGCUGUUUGAAGGCGCGUGGGGCAGGGAGAGAAUAGGGUCGCAUCGGUUAAACGAUAAUGGGACGUGGUACUAAUUUUGGCAAGCGGUACCUGAAGGCCUUUGUUAGUGGUUUCUUCGUUGCUGUUCCAGUUACUGUGACAUUUCUGGAUCGUGUUGCCUCCAUUGCAAGAGUGGAGGGUGCUUCAAUGCAGCCAUCAUUAAAUCCUCCUGGAGGAACUACCUGUGACAUAGUGCUUUUAAACCGAUGGAGUGUGAGGAACUAUGAAGUACAGCGGGGCGACAUCAUAUCUCUUGUGUCACCCAGAAACCCAGAACAGAAAAUAAUCAAACGAGUGAUUGCCCUUGAAGGAGAUAUUAUCAAAACUAUGGGAUACAGGAACAGAUACAUCAAAAUUCCCACUGGGCAUUUGUGGAUCGAAGGAGAUCAUCAUGGUCAUAGCUUUGACAGUAAUGUUUUUGGACCUGCUUCUCUUGGACUGGUUCAUGCCCGUGCUUCACACAUCAUCUGGCCUCCAAGUCGUUGGAUGAAGUUACAAGCACAACUGCCUGAGAGACGCAGACCUCUGAUGUCUCAGGAUGAUGAAUGUGUCGAUGAAGCAGAUGGCUGAUAGAAGCAAGAUUCCAGCACAAUCAACAAGCUGUUGUUCUAAUCGUGAAAGUGCUUUGUAACUUUUCAUUACAUUGCACAUUUCACACACAUGAAAUUUCUAAAGCUAAGAAAUACUUCUAUAGCAUACUCUAUCACACAGAACAGGUUUAUGUGAUUUUUCCUACUGUUUGGGUUGUAUUUUUUGCCAAUCUUGAAUAUACCUGGUUUUUGAGCUGGAUCUCUGAAUUUAUAAAGAAAUGUCAAUGAAAAUUUAUUCCAAUAAAUCCCAAUAACACCAGAUCUUUUUUAUCCAGUUAAGCAUUUAGAAAAUAUUUGAUGACAUUGAUAUUAUGUUAAGAUUAGGGCCUGGAAAUUCCUGGGCCCACUUUUCAGCAUAUCUGUGGAAGAGUAGAAUCUUGAAAUUAUGGUCCGGAACCUAUUAUUUACUGUGGCAGAUUGAGUUAAUUCAUGCUUGAAAGAGCUGCUUUUCUUGACAUUCAAAUCAAUGGAAACAUGUUUAUAAUCUUCAGCUGUUCCAAUUUGCAGCUCUGACUGAAAAGGACUAGUCCUUGUAUAUACCCCAAAGACUAUUGCUGAACUCAGCCAGUACAGGUAACAGAUCUCAUGAUGCAGGGGAAGUAAAUGGAAGAUCUAGUACACAUGCAGGAACCAUCUGGGUAGCAGUGAAAUUGUGCCCAAAUUUCUUCUCUGACAAUUGUUAUUUCUUUAGUGCCUAGACGUUUUUAGGUUAUGAGGUUAUAACAGCAGUGAUCUUUCACUUGUGAACCUUUGGCCUAAACCUACCUUAAAUCCAGAAAAUGUCUAUCACCUCUUCCUCUGCCACCCCAUACACAAAUAACCUGAAAUGUCCGAGCUCAAACUUGUUUCUCUUAGCUGCCUGCUGAUUACCCCACAUUUAAAAACAUUGACAUGAAGAGGACAGGUAGUACACUGAUCAGGUACACUAUUGCCCACGACAAGGGUAAUGUUGAUUAUAUUGGUGAUGUCUCUUUGACAUGUCUUGUGUAAAUAGUUAUCUUUGAAGUUUAAGAGGAUGGAGACUACUGUUGUCAGUUAAACUUAUCACUCACUACCUAGAUUGAAAUCUUGAUUUACAGCCAUCUUUCCUCAGACAGCCAAAGGCUGAGCUUGAGCCAUGGAGACAAUAGUGAAUUUUCCCAUUGAUGUCCUCCCACAUUGAAAGGUAAUAAGAUAUAAAUAUUGAUCCACAUUUUCCAGGGUCCAGAGCUUUAAUGCAGUGGAGGAAGUUUAAUUUUUUUGUGGAUAGUAUGUGUAAAGCCAAGUCAUCACUACAAGGAAAUUCUCUGUUUUACAGUAUAUCCCAAUAUUCUGUUAAUUAAACAGAUAAUACAUUAAAUAUAUAAAUGUGUUUUUGUCAACUUGUACAUGAAGUAGAUUUUACUAUUUUUUGAUUUGUGUCUUACUUCAAGGAAAAUAAAUGAACAUUUUCAGUUUCUCAACAGCUUAGAAAAUCAAAACUUUAAAAUACAGAAUUUUAUCUAAAAGAACUCAAAAUGAUCACUUUUGAUGUUUACUUCAUGAUAACUCUGAAGGUUAAUUUUACCAAAGAGAUUCACAAAGUAUUAUUUUUCAACCAAAAAAAAAAAUCCUGAUCUGCUUCUGAAUAUGAAUAACAUGUAAAACUGCUUGGAAGCUGUCAGGUUUUACCGUAUUUAGUUUAAACAGUAAUUUUGUUUGUAAUGGGUAGGUUUGUUGAUUUCAUCUUUUCUAUAUUUUAGGUUGUAUAAAUACAACUUACUUCUAUUUUUAUUCAAGGCUUAAAACAAACUUUCCUCUUCCCAUCUGCUAAAUGCUUCAGCAGAAUUUCAACACUUAUUAAAAUGGUAUUUAAUGCAGACAGGAAUGAAUGUCCCUUUGAUCCCUGUAGUUUAAGCUGGCAGUCAUUUUAGCAACAGGAAAGGAAAUAGCAUUCAGGAUUAUCGGGAUUCUUUGUCCAACAAUCUAAAAGUGUACAUAUCAGAUGAUUACAUAAUGGCGUUCCAAGGGGUCUGUGCAUGUGCCAAACAAAGAUACUAUUUCAACCAUGUUAACACUAAAAAAGUAUUCCAAAACAAAUCCCAUUUAAAAAAUUAAUACCGUUAAGAAGCAUAUGUGACAAAACAUUGAUAGAACCAUAUCUGUUGGAGGAACUCAGCAAAUCAGGGCAGAUUCAGUACAGGGGAAUAAGCAAUCAGUGGUUUAGGCUGAUGAAAGGUCUUGGCCUGAAACGUCGACUGUUUAUUCCCCUCCAUUGAUGCUGCUUAACCUGCUGAGUGCCUUCAGCAUAUUAUGUGUGUGUUGCUCUGGAUUUCUGGCAUCUGUAACAUCUCUUGUGAUUGUCUCAAAUAAUUCUUUCAAUGUGGUGGGAACUCAAUGUGCAACAGUUGAACCACAGAAGUUAUGUGAUACUCCAAGUACUUUAAAAAAAAUUGUUGCUAUCAUAUUUCGAAUUAAAAAUAGUUAUGGAUGGAGUACCAAAUCAUUAAAAAAGGCAAGGCAAAUAGUUGUAUUCGAAUAGAUCUAGGAUGGUUGUGUGCACUUUUUUUCCCAUCAACCACAUAAAUAUACACAAUCAAAAUAAUAGGUUGAAUAUUUGGAAGGUUAUGGGAUAGAUAAAGUACUAUAAGAAAUAGGUUUGAUGGCCAAACUAUUGGAUUGUAUACUCUGCAACGUUACUUGAACACCACUGAUACUACAUCUUGCUUUAGUUGCUGACUGAAGAUGAGAAAAACAUGCAACAACUGCAGUUCGGCUUCACUGGAGAAGAG